UUCAUUCAACAACACAAGAAAACCCUAAAUAUCCCUAAAAAAAAAAAUAUGUCUUCAAAAUCGAGUAGCUCGAGCUCGACUCGCAACAUUCCCGAGACAACCUUAACCGGCCUUGGAAACCUCAUCAAGCUUCUCCCCACGGGGACCGUCUUCCUCUUCCAAUUCCUCAACCCGGUCCUAACCAACAACGGUAAAUGCCACGUCAUCAAUAAAUUCUUGUCGGGAAUUCUCAUUGCCAUUUGUGGCGCUUCAUGUGGAUUCGCCUCUUUCACCGAUAGCUACACUGAUAGCCAAGGCAAAACGCGCUAUGGCAUAGCCACGCGCACCGGGCUUUGGCCUAAUCCCGAGUCCCAAGAUUUGUCAUCCUACAAGCUUAGGGUUGCGGACUUUGUCCAUGCUUUAUUUGCACUGAUUAUUUUUGCCGUCGUUUCUCUUCUGGAUACUGAUUCAGUAAAAUGUUUCUAUCCUUCUUUCGAGUCAAACGAGAAUAUGCUCUUGAUGGCUUUGCCCCCGGUCAUUGGGGCGGUUUCCGCCUCGGUUUUCGCCGUGUUUCCAUCGAGCCGCCAUGGGAUCGGGUACCCACUUACCCAAGGGCCACCCUCUACAUCUAAUGCUUGAUUUAGGGUUUGUUAAUUUGGAUUGUUGUUCUUAUGAGUUUGUACAAUAUUGUGUUAUGGUUUGGUUGUUUUGCCAAAGAGUAUAUGUUAUUGGUUGUGUGGAGGGUUAUAUACAUAACCCUAACAAAAAUUGAAGUAUUGUUAUUCAUUAGGUUAUUACUUUGUAAAAUGUAUGUGUCUAUAAUAUGCCAAUGAAAUGUGAUUGAUUGUGUAUUUGAUA